AUGAAACUGUUGACUGCGCACCUCGAGAGCGACUGCACGUAUGCAGUGUGUCUCCUGGCCGUGGCACACCCGCUGGGCAGGUGUGUUAGUGCUGAUGUAGUGCUGUCUCUCCUAGGGCAGCAGCAGCAGUUCCACGGCAGCAGCAUCAGUUCCACGUAUGCAGUGUGUCUCCUGGCCGUGGCACACCCGCUGGGCAGGUGUGUCAGUGCUGAUGUAGUGCUGUCUCUCCUAGGGCAGCAGCAGCAGUUCCACGCCUUCGCCUUCGGCCAGCGGCCCUUCCUGUCGGGCCACUUCGGCAACCCCCUGGACCCCCUGCAGCGCGCCGCGGACCCGCUGGGCGGCUCGCUCAGCUUCCGCAUGCCCGCCAUGUCCAACUGCCAGAACGUGACUUGCUGGGAGAUGCCGGGAUGCAGCGAUGCGGCGAUGCGGCGAUGCGGCGAUGCGGCGAUGCUCGACGCCGGCACGAGGAAGGAAGGGCCUCCAGAGGGCAUGGGGCAGUUCGGGCUGGGAGCCACCAACAACCACUGGGGGUACAGCGCGGCCAGCCCCUACUCGUCCUACCUGGCCCCCGGGACGCUGGGCAGCUGCGCCGCCCCCGGCGCCGGUCUGCAGGGCGGCGGCUUCAACACGCCCGCCCUCGGCUUCUCCACCGCCGCCACCACCGCCGACCUCAACGGCCAGGGCACGGCGACGGCGCACGACGCCUUCGGCACCAGCAGCGUGCCUUCCAUCCUGCCGGACAACACGGUGUCCUCGGGCGUGGCGAGCGAGCUGGACCAGCACCUGGGCGGCCUGGUGACGCAGCACGCCGCCAGCACGACAGGCCACCACCACCAGGCCUCCAACAACCACUCCGGCGCCCACCCCCAGGAGCGCGGCGGCUCCUCGGGCUCCGCCGCCUCCGCGGGGCUGCUGGUGCCGCGCUACCCCACCUCCGUGUCCGCCGACUUCGCGGCGCUCGCCGGCCCGCGCUCGCUGUCCGACUCGUCGGCGGGCGAGUCGCCCGUGGGCAGCGAGGACAUCCUGCCGUCCGGCGGCGGCGGCCAGCUGGGCGCGACCAACGCCGCCGCCGCCGCCGCCUCCAACUCCUUCUCCUCGCUGGUGUCCGGCCACCACAACCAGGCGUCCGCGGCCUCCUACGCCAGCUCCUCCUCCAACCUGUACCUGGGGGCGCCCGUGCUGCCCGCCUCGCUGCUCUACUCGCAGCUCUACUCGGCCGCCAGCUCGCACCAGAACCACCACCAGUUCCACCACCUGCACCACCACCACCACCACAACUCCGCCGCCGGCCAGGACCUGCACUCGGCCAUGGAGACCAACCACGGCCAGCUGCAGCGCUCCAUGGUGAGCGACCUGCUGGGCGGCUCGUGCGCCAACCUGCCGGCGAGGGGCGGCGCCCUGUCCGCGUCCGACGACGAGCAGCACACGCAGAGGCUUGGCAACAGUGUGCAGCAGCGGGUGCACACCACCACCGACAACACUGCCGUGUGGCGGCCCUACUGA